UUACUAUCUCCUCUCAAUUUCUGCAGUCAGGUCUCUUCUAGAAUAACUGAAUCUGACGUGAUCAUUCAAUAAAUUACUAUGAUUAUUUGGGUUAUGGAAAGUUUCAGAUGGUUACAAAACUUGGAGCUCUUAAACUUAUAAUAACAGGCAGCUUUUUGACAAUCCUCAAUAGAGCAACAAUGGCUUGGAGAUCCCACGGCAAAGAUCAUGCAGAUCUAAUCCGGAAUCUGAGGAGCAAUGGUGUUAUCACCAGCGAUGCUGUGGAGAAGGUCAUGCUGAUGGUAGAUCGGGGCAAGUAUUCUAAGAACAGCCCAUAUCAAGACUCCCCACAAGGCAUUGGUUAUGGUGUUACCAUUAGCGCUCCUCAUAUGCAUGCGUGCGCCCUGACACUGCUGCAAGACCACCUCAAGAAAGGCAACAGAGCCCUGGAUGUUGGGUGUGGCAGUGGUUACCUAACUGCUUGCAUGGGUCAUCUGGUGGGAGAAGGAGGGCUCACUGUAGGGAUUGACCACAUCCCUGAACUGGUUAACCAAGCACGUGAAAACAUCAAUAGUGACAGUCCAGAGCUGCUAAAGUCUGGCAUUGUCCAACUUGUUGUGGGGGAUGGACGUAAGGGAUACGCUGCUGGAGGUCCGUACAACGCCAUCCACGUGGGAGCAGCAGCGCCUGAGCUGCCCCAGAGCCUCGUUGACCAGCUCGCUCCUGGAGGUCGUCUUGUGAUCCCUGUGGGGCCAGAGCGAGGCAGCCAGAACCUGGAACAGAUUGACAAACUUGCGAACGGAACAGUGCAGCGUACCAAGCUUAUGGGCGUGGUGUAUGUCCCCCUUACGGAUAAAGAAGCCCAAUGGCCGGGCAGGUCGGAACUGUGAGUGCUGCUCAUUGGCUGUCACAGGUGCUGCUGCGGGUGUUGGCCGUGCUGACUGGCGCUCCAUCAGACAUAUCGUCGUGGUCCUGAUGCUCAAGUGGACGAGCAUUGGCAGCAGUAACUGGACACGUUUAGUCCGCGACUGGACACGUAGCUUGUAGACUGUCCCAAGUAACAUUGCAACAGAGAUGUGUCUGGAGAUGGUGUGUCCAGAGAUGAUGUGUCCGGGGAUGGUGUGUCCGGGGAUGGUGUGUCCGGGGAUGGUGUGUUCGGAGAUGGUGUGUUCGGAGAUGGUGUGUCCGGUGUAAUGUUCAGCAGUGUUCUCAAAUUCUCUAGUCGUAGACAAUCCUUUUGUAAGAAAUGUUCCUGGUGUUCAGCAUCAUUUAAUACUCAAGAUGCGAACUGUACAUUUCUAUCAUAAUGCAAUCUAUUAUCGCUGGUUUUCUGGUGAAGCUUUUAAAAUUUUUGUGUAGCCGGGACAUGAAUCAGCCAAUCUAACGCUGAAAUUCAAGGUGACGUGAUUUAUUGCAGUAAAGAAGACGGCAGAGUAUUUGCCUAAAUUAAAUUGUUGAUUUGCCCCGUUUGUGUGCCAAGCUUCACGAGAUAUUUCCCUUCUCACUCGUCGAUUCUAUGUUCACGUGGAUUUCAUAAGCUUCUAUGAAUAAACUGAUGAUCGUUGGCUCUCUUAUGCGCCAAGGAAUACCGCUACUAUUACCCAUGUUUGUUGCACAGCGCCCUGCAGGAAAUACGUUGAAAUAUGUAGCCCUGGAAAAUGUCACACAGCGACAGGAAAAUACGUCACAUGUCUCGCGUUUCUUUUACAAGCUAAUGAGAUUAAAUGGCAGGCCAUUUUUUGCCUCUCAUUAGGCCAGUAGAUCAAGUGUCUCGUACCGCCAUGGCAGCGCCUACCUUGUUCAUGGUGGAAAAGGAAAUGAUUUUGUACAUAUCAUCUAAGUGUAACUCAGCUGUCCCGUUGACUAGUUGGAAAUCAUUUAAACCUGGGAUAAAAAAUAAUUGUCCUAGUGCAAUUUCGGCAAUGGAAAAUUAGCGAAAGUCGUUGAUAGUAUUGAGUCACUGUCGUGUCCCUAAAAUGCCGUUUCAGCUAUUUGUUAUAUUCUAGUGUUUUGUUCAUUGUUUAACAUCUUAUAUAUGAUUAUAUAAUUGUUUUGUUUAUUUUUGUGAGACUUGGAACAGUUGUGAUAAAUUUGCCGAAUUUAGAGUUGAAAGGAAAUUUCUGUCAUUUUAAUCGAAACUUCUACCACUUACAUUUGACAAAAUAUUUCACAUCUUGCAACAUUUGUUUGUUUCUUGUGUCUAUUUAGAGUACCUAUAACUUUCAAAACCGUAAGCUAUUGAUAGUCAUAUUCGUUUCUGUAAAUAAUUGGUUUAAGUUUAUAGUUAUGAUAAUCUAUAAUUUUUGUGACGGAUAAACCUUUAAUAAAGUUGAGCUAAUAAUUCAAGAAGAUAUUGAAGAGUUCUCCCAAUCUUGAUUUGCUAUCAAGUUUUAUGACACAAACAUGUGAGCACUUCAAUUUAUUAACUGCUUGCUUCGAAAAUAAAUGCAGUGUUUGAAUUGCAAUAAAGACCCUUUUAUACCUGGGAGAAAGUGCAGGAAUUGUGGUUGUCCUAAAUAAAUUCAACAAGAGGAACACUUCUUAAUCUUCUCUAAGAAAUGUGAAGCAGAUGCGCUUCAGUACUGCAGAUUGUACCCAGAUGGCUGCGGGCUUGCUACAGCUGUUAUGUCUUUGAAGUAGUUUUUUUUGGUGGCUCAGAAGCCAGUACACCGAUAUUAUGUUAAUUAUGCUUAUGCUUAGCAGACAUCAUUGCACAGAUAUUUUAUUGUCCUAUUUCAUUUGUAUCCUUCAGGCUCAGCUUUGAGUAUAUUUAUGUUAUGCCUUAAAUUUAUUAAUAUUUUUAUUCUGCGUUUUCUUGUUUUUAAUGAUGACAAUAGCAGGUUAGCAAAUAAAUUUGAGAUAAGGUUAAUUUAUCAAAAGUUUGCCGUUUAAAUUUUAACAAUUUACUGGAGUAAUUUACGCUCAUUACGUGAGUAGUGAUGCCUGAUAUAUGAAUGAACCUAUACCAUUAUUCUGGAUGGUUAAACCUAAAGUCAAUCUUUAGGUCUUUUACGCGAAUUCGUUCAGCAAAGUUGACGUCAACCAUAAUGACUGAUAUACGAAUGAGCUUAUUCCUCUGUUUUGGAUGGUUAAAGUCAACCGAAAGUUUGAAGAAAAUUGUUGGAGAUACUAAUACUGUAUUGCUGCCUGUUGAGUUUGAUGUAUUCAGUAACAAAUAUCGAGUUAUCCAGCUGCCCUUCCCUUCAAAUUCGUUACAUUUUUAUAGAAUUCGGUAUUUACUGCAACAUCGCUCAUAACAUUUUCAUGUGCCAUGUAAGGGGCGAGAUUAUCUCAUCCGUUUGACGGCUGCAGAUUCCGCCGAAUCAGAAAUUUGUACGGUCAUGUAAUCGAUAAUCAUACGAACUUAUUUUACAGGUACGUGGCUUCUUUAACUAUAUUUUUGGCGAGAGAAAUUCCUUGUGCUCAAACUUGAAUGUUGUGUUGUGCGUCAAUCGUCAAGAUUCUGAAUGAUACGUUAUUACUUGGUUAUUGAUUCAUCCCAGGUUUAAGGUGUUCUAUAUCUUUGAAUCUUGUCUGCUGCUAGGCAGCAGGUGAAUCAUUCAAUUUCGACGCUCCUCCUCUACCCCAUACGCGCAAAGACCCUCUCCCACCUAUGGCCGCCGCACUGCUCGCUACGCGCCUCGCACGAUAUUCCGUUGCCCUCGUAUCUAAACCAACUUGAUGCCAACGUAUCUAAUGCUUUGCUUGCUCCCGAGACAAUAUACUGUUUGAAUGACGAAGUUGGUAGCAAAGACACUGGACGUUGUGAUUAUUACCCGAGGUAAAUAUUAUUGUGUCGUAACGGGUUAACGAGAAUGUCAUGCUUGACGUUAUGGGCUCGCUAAAGUUUGACUACAUAACUUCGUUCUUCAAAUCAUCCAGUUUUUAAUUUAUUUGUCGCUUAACCAAAUUCUGGAAUAUGUCUUCGUUUUUUCCAGGUUUGAAUUAAAAACCUACAUAGCAAUU